UGUCCUGAUGCUGAAGCCAGGAUCGGACUUGGACUUGGCAAAGCCGAAUCAUGGAAUGUUUUACUAAUAGACAGAUACGAUGCGUUCCUUUUUCACCUAAAAUGGAUCGUGACCUCUCGAAAUGGAUCUACUACUAUCGUCAAUUCGUCAUCUCGUCUCAUCGCUCGAUCGACUUUACAAAAACCUGACCAUCACCUUCUAGCUGCCAGUAAUGUUGCAUCCAUUCAUCAAGGCAGAGCACCUAUGGCUCCCUCCCUCGCUGCCGCCGUCCUCCUCUUCCUCCUCGCUCCGAUGUCGUCGCCGGCGGCCGUCCUGGCGGCUGACGGCGGCACCACCACGCACCUGCACUUGUUCAUGCACGACAUCCUGACGGGAAGCAACCCGACAGCGGUGCAGGUGAUCAAGGGCCCCUCCGCCGUCCCGGGCCUGGCGUUCGGGGACACGACCGUCACCGACGAUGCCCUCACCGAGGAUCCCUCGUCCUCCUCCGCCGCCGUCGGCCGCGUGCAGGGCUUCUACAUGAUGACGUCGCAGUCGGGGGGCGCCGUGCUGACGGUGUGCGCCAACCUGCUGCUGACGGCGGGGGGCUACAACGGCAGCACCGUCGCGGUGAUGGGCCGCGACGACAUCGCGGCGGACGUGAGGGAGCUCGCCGUCGUCGGCGGCACGGGGUGCUCGCUUUCGUUCAACCUGUCAAAACAUCUGUCAAAAGCAUGGUGA